AGCGACAAGCAAUUGCUAUAUAAUUGGUGUCAUUAUAUGUUCUCCGAGCACCCAAUUGCACUUUCAUCUACAGCAGACAUGUCAGCUGUCUCUGAAUUCUUCUCCCACCUCAAAACGUUGUCCAUAGUCUUCUUUACUCUCCUUCUCCUUGAAAUCAUCAUUCUUAUCCGCUCCGUCACCGGAUUGAGCCCCAAGCCCGACAAACGCCAAAUCACCACCACCCAAUACCUCAAAGUCAUCGAAGAGAGAAACCCCACCACUCGCUACACCAGAAGAUUGGCGACGGAGCCGGCCGAAUGCCGGGUGUGUUUAUCGGAAUUCGAAGAGGGCGAAAAGAUUAGGGAUUUGCAAUGUAAGCACACAUUCCAUAAGGAUUGUCUGGACAGGUGGCUCCAACAGGGCUGGGCCACGUGUCCUCUCUGCCGGACGAAGGUUUUGCCGGACGAUGUUGUCGAUAAUUAUCACCGGAUGCAAAAUCAGGUGGAGUACGAUGGGAGUGACGAGGAGGUAAUUUUCUUGUUGUCUGCUUUACAUGGGUAUAGUUCGCAUAGAUUUUUCUGAGGUUGUCUCUCUCAGUCUCAGAGUUGAGAGGUCCUGAGUUUUUUGUACAUGUUUUGUGUUUUUACCUUAAAAAGGAAAAAUAAUAAUAAUAAUAAUAUUAGAAAUUUGGUAUAGCUUUGCCAUU